ACCGGAGCUAUCAUGAGCUACCCUUAGUGGGCUUGGAGGAUUCUGGUAAACAGAAGGAAACAUUGUUGCUCAGGUUCUACCAAGUCUAUGGUCGUGGUCUUGGACGUACCAAUCAGCGACCCCUUGCUCACCUCAAGAUCUGGGAUUUUCAUGGAUUUUCCGGAAGGAAAAACAUGAACACCCACACGCACAUGUUUCUUCUUUCGAUUUUUUCUAGCUUGGGUUCUUCGAAGAAACUUCUAUAUGAGGAGACGAGGCUAUUGGCUAUUGCUCCCUCAUCCAACAAACGACAGCUUUGGCUCGAGAAAAUCCCAAAAGGCAGGUGUGGACGACCAUGCCCAGUGCCAAGUGUCCGACACAUGAGGAUCCAGAGGAGGCCCUGCUUCUUCAACACACCCCUCCACUUCCAGCAGCUCGAAGCACUACGAGCACCUCAAGAAACAGGGAAAGCAAUGCCGCCAGGGCCAACGCGGCAACAUGUGCAUCUGUGUCUUUUGGUGCAACAUUACUUGCGAUCCUAGCUGUGGCAAUGUGGAACAAUCACUUGGAGGGCGAGCUUGAUGAUCAAGACGUUGAGACUUUUUACAAAUUUGGGCAAGUCCAAGACCUCCUACAUUGGCAAAGUACAGUCAUGGACGUGUGUGAUUACAGCUCCGAGACAGAUGAGCAGGUGGUGCAGCUUGCAGCUGCGCAAACUUCUCCGAAGGGAGACAUUUGCAGCAGCAAAGUGCUUGCACAUCCCUACCCGUGCAAUUGGACAGAGCAGUGGCAUUGUCCUGCAUGGAAGAUGGGUGCUGGACAUGAUUGUCAAGACGACGGAGGAAUUGGUUUCUACUGCUGCUGCGAGGUUAGCAGGCCCAGGACCAUGACUUGGGGCAGAAGUCCUUUCACUGAGACAUUGCCGACACCACAAUCACAAAUCGCUCGGAUCAAGGUUGUGAGCUACAACCUUGAAUGGUGGAAGAUCUACAACACCAUGAAAGGGAACGGAGGCAGCGAAGGAGGAGUUAUUGCAGCGACCCAUGCGGCAGAACCAGUCGACCUGAUUGCUUUCCAGGAAUGUGGAGACAAGGAUCGCGUUCUUGCAGAUGCAGGCUUGCUCGACAGCUUUACAACGUUUGGUGCUCCACACCAGAAAUGUGCUGCUGUGCGGAAGGCUGCAUGGAGAUUCAUCAGCAAAGGGCAUGAAGACAUAGCCGCAGAUGUGUAUUGGAACUUUUUCGGCAAGAGAGGAGUGAUGUGGACUCGGCUUUGGCACGUUUCCAGUGGACUUCGAGUUUUCUUUGCCAACUUUCAUGGGCCUCUGGCCAUCAACUCCGGCGGAUGCUGUGGUGGCAAACGCACUGCAAGGAAUCUUCUCAGGGUGAUUGAACAGAACAGCGAGCCUGGGGAUGUGAUCAUCCUGCUUGGAGACUUCAACGCAAACUCGGCGUCUCACACCGUUAAGGAGCUACGGAAGAGCUUGGUCCACGUGCAGUCAGGCCAUGUCCUGGGUGGAAUUGACCAUGCCUUCGUCAAUCUUCCUCCGUCUACAGUCAAGGCAAUGCAAGACAUUGGCAGUGGUGGUAGUGACCAUCACGCUGUCAUGACAGUCUUUGAAAUUGACACUGCAGAUCCUGGCCAGUGGACAAAUCUGGAGCAGAACUCCCAGCUUAGCGAAGCAAUCAUAGGAGAGCUUCACGCGGACUUUCCUAAGGAUGACUGGAACGACUUUUGGUGCGGACUUGAAGAGUUUGGUGCAAGCUACAAUCCGGUAGGUGGGGAGAGCGCAGGCUGGGAAGUUGAAGACCACGUGCCAACUACAGACUGGUGCUGCCGCUGGUGUCAGCGUGACCUCCAGUGCAAAGCCUUUCGGUUUGAAGGGAUUUCCGGAAGCAACCAGACGAGGUGCACCCUGAUGUCGGCCUAUGAGAGAGGUGCACACAACUCUUCUUACCUGACGGUGUCUUCUGGCCUUCCAGCUUCAGUGGCCAUUGAGGAGCUUCGGAAAAGCUUUGUAGACAGCCACGUUCGCCUUUACAGAUAGGUUGCCAUGUCAUCCUUGCUGUCCAAGCAGACUUCAUGAGCUGGUAAGAAACGCUGCAAAGUUCAGCAAUUUUGGGACUUGACGUCAUCGAAUUGAUCGAAGCUGGAGGCUCGCCAUAGGUGGCCUUCCCGAAUCUUGCCAUCUCUGAAUCUGGCAUUCAAC